GGCUGGCUGAGCGCAUCCUGUGCCACACGAAGCAAUUCCCUGCGACGCACCGGUGAUACCGACACAGUAGUAAACACCGCGGGAGGACGGAGCGUUACUCUCUAUUUUUUUCUCCAUGCCUGCCAGAGUAUUGUCGUUCUUAUUGAUUUACGUAUGUCUUAUUCAGAGGAAAGUGGACUUUUUUCUUUUUUCCCUCAGAGCACACAACCCGUCGUCAGCUUGAUUUGAAAUAAACCAAGGUUUAAAAUGAACGAAGGACUUGAGAACAAUUUCACUCAACUGUAUGACAACUGGACAUUUUACAACUCCUCCUUGGAGUCUGUCAUACCCAGGAGCAAUAUCACCUAUGUAGGAUUUUACUUACAUCAGCCAUCCACAGCAGCCAUCUUCAUCGUGUCCUACCUGCUGAUCUUCCUUGUGUGCAUGGUGGGAAAUGGAGUAGUGUGUUUCAUUGUGCUGAGGAGCAAAAACAUGCGGACUGUCACCAACUUGUUCAUCCUAAAUCUUGCUGUGAGCGACCUCCUGGUUGGGAUUUUCUGCAUGCCCACAACUCUUCUUGACAACAUAAUUACAGGAUGGCCUUUUGGAAGCCUGGUCUGCAAAAUGAGUGGUAUGGUCCAAGGCAUCUCCGUGUCUGCAUCAGUCUUCACUCUGGUUGCUAUUGCUGUUGACAGAUUCAGAUGCAUUGUCUACCCAUUCAAGCAAAAGCUGACCAUAUCCACAGCCACCUUGAUUAUAGUCAUUAUCUGGGUUCUGGCCAUAUCCAUCAUGUGUCCCUCUGGGGUGAUGCUACAAGUGACCAAGGAGCAAACCAUUCGGGUAUUACUGGGCUAUGACAACAAAACAAGCCCGUUUUAUUGGUGCAGAGAAAACUGGCCCAAUCAGGAGAUGAGGAAGAUUUACACCACUGUCCUGUUUGCAAAUAUCUACCUUGCCCCUCUUUCUCUCAUUGUGAUCAUGUAUGCCCGGAUUGGCAUUACGCUUUUCAAAACAGCAGUCCCAACAGGAGGAAAGCCAGGCCACGCCAACCGCCACACUGUGUCAAAGAAAAAGCAAAGGGUGAUUAAAAUGCUUCUAAUAGUUGCUUUGCUUUUCAUCCUUUCCUGGCUUCCUCUAUGGACCCUCAUGAUGUUGAGCGACUAUGCCAGCCUGACUGAGCAGCAGUACAGAAUCAUCAACAUUUACAUAUAUCCCUUUGCCCACUGGCUAGCCUUUUUCAACAGCAGCGUCAACCCCAUCAUCUACGGUUUCUUCAAUGAGAAUUUCCGCAGAGGAUUUCAAGCUGUGUUCAAGUUCAGUCUGUGCACAGCGGACGGACAGCGGAGGAAAACCUACUCGCACAGGCUACAGGGAAACUCUGUGCUCCCAGCUAAUAAUGCACAAACCUCCCUGGAGCCUAUUUCUCUCAACAGCCUGGAUAAGAACACUUCUAGGCAACUCAAUCAUGUCAAUGAACAGGACUUGGUCAUGGAGGACCUGGAGAAGGCAUCUUGCAGCAGUGGAGGCGUGACCGCAAUAUCUAUUUGAGGGGUAGGCACAGAGACAUUCUUCUAGGUGAUACGUCAAGGUGUUUACACUUUAAGUAAAUUGCCGUCAUCAUUCAAACUUAGGUCCCCCACUGAGGGUAAGUAAACCACACCUGAACAGGUUUUAGAAGCUGAAAUUUCUAUAUAAUUUGAAACAAUUUCAACACUGUCAGAAAUGACAAGUAGAGCAGUAAUUUAUAGUUGUCCUGUAUCAACUAAUGGCAGAAAGAUACUUCACAGGGUUUGUCCUGAAACAAAUACAAAUCUGAAAUGAAUAUUUAAAUUACCAAUGUGAAAAAAGAAUACUAACUUUGGUUGUUAAUCUUUACUUAUCACCUUUAAGGUACACAAUGUAUUUUGCACAUAUUUUGUCAUGUUAAAAAUGGAUGCAGGUUGAGCUGUUGGAAGUGUAGUUAUGAAAUAAUGGAAAACAAAUCUUGUUGGCAGUUAAGUUGAUUGAGAGGAUACUAUCCUGCUCCAUCAAACGUGUAUGUAUAAAUGUAUAAAGAUGCAUCAACACGUACUGUGAUGUUUGCAGAGCAGAUUUCAAAAGUAAAGUCAUUUAAUGACCUUGUAGAUUGGAAAGUUGGACGGAGCAACCAUUUCCCCUCUUCAUUAUUAUUCAAUACUGAGAACCAGAAGUACUGAAAGUACUUUCAGACCCUGAAUACAAAAAUCUUUGGGACCUGUAGAAUGAAGUCAUGUCAACGAAUUUAGAAAGCAAGUUUGUUUCAAAAGCAAAGUCUGUACAAAAUUCUAAACACAGCUUGAAAGCCAAAGGUCUCGCAUAUAAAAUCAAAGACUUUACAACAGCAACAGAAGUUGAAGUAAGAAUGUCUCACGCAAGCUGGUUGUGGUUAUACAGCACCAACAAGUGUUGUAGAGAACAAAACUCUACAGACAAUCAAAAUUUUUACUUUUUCUACUGGUGGAUUGUCGUCUCAGCAGCUUGAAACUAAGGCUUUUGGUGGCUUUGGUGCGGCUUGCAAAGUAAACUACUGAACAGCUUUUUAGGCUGCUUACAUUACUAUACUACAUCAAACAGAUAUGUAUUGAACAGUUCCAUUUUAGGAAUUAGUUAAUCUUUUUUUUUUUUAAUGUACCAGUCUUGAAGAUGGUUUGGCCAGCCACCAUCCUUCCAUUACCUAUAUUAGCUAGAAAAGUUAAACACGUCGACAUUUUAACAAUGAUUGCAGCACAUGAAGCUUUGACAGCAUGCCAAUAGUAAAGACUAUAGUGAAGAUUAUACUGAUUAAUGAGUUAAUUAUCACUUGGUGUAAUUAAUGUUGGAGACCACAACAGAAGCUGUAAAAAGCACUAACUAGUAGCAGUUAACAUUUGUAAUGUCGAUUCAGGAAAUAUGUUGAUUUAAAUCCCUAGCAUGGUUGUGACUGGCUUUACUGUGUUUUGAACAGCUAUUAAUAAAAACAACAGAUCCAUCUGAAUAGACCAAUAUAAAAGUAUGCAGUAAUUGAUAAGCUGGUUGUUUACUUGUUUACUGUCUUGCUUUUGGAAUAUACUUUGCUUUCAUUAAAGUAAUGUUUAACAGUUAAUUAAAGGUCUAUUUAAAUAUGAAUUGUUAGAAUCCAGCAUGUACUUCUACAGCCCAGAAAGGACAAACUAAACACUGGCUUACAUUUUACAGCCACCUUACUUUCUCCUACACACAGUACAGGGUGUUGCAAUCAACAACUACACUGCUAGAUGCCAGUAAAUCCUACACACUGUUCCUUUAUAAUGCAAGAACCUUUAAUUAUAAAACUGCUACUUUAAAUAGAGUAACCCAUGGGGUUAAUAAGAUUCUCUCAGUAGGUUAAAAUACUUCACCAUGGCCCUUAAAAUUUGCUAUUUAAUAACACAAUUUUAUUAGGCAGGGAACAAGACUAACUGUAAACACAAAUGGAAAUGCAAUUCUACAGGUCACAAACAUAACAACAAUUAACACAGUUGUAUUACUGUUUUACUUUUCAGGCUUAAAAAUACUUUUUGUGCAGAUGAAAGAAAGCUGUUGGAUGUGAGCCAUCUUCCUACAAAUGAACAUUUUAUUUAGGCUUUUGUUCUGAAAUCUCCUCUUUAAACCAGUCUAUAAAAAGGUGUAAUGAUGAUAAAUUGAAUAUUCAUGAAUAUCUCAUGAGCCUGUCAUGAAUGUGCCAUGUAAAACUCAGAUAAAGUGUUUUGCUGUUAUUUACAUUUUUAUCUCUCUAUGAACAGUCUUGUGCAGUUAACCCAUACAGUAUGGGAAAAACAGAGGGCCUGCAUUUGUCCCUAAACUUGUAUUGUCUGCUGUACGUAUAUGUUACUGAGUAAAGCUUAGAGUACAAGUAAUAAUGUGAAUUUGUCUUUGUGAACAGACUAUUAGGAAAUCCGUGGAGGUUAAGUGUACUAAACAACCUUUGGUUCAAAGGUAUUUUACAUAUUUUAAAUCUUUAUAGUUGGUGGUGUCUGUUAAAUCUUUAA